AUGGUUGAAUGCAGUGAUCAAGUAUGGACUACAUAUGUUGCCGCAAAUCCAAAUGCAAAAGGAUUACGAGGUAAGAAGAUUGAGAUGCUUGAUGAAUUAUCUAUUUGUGGCAAUGAUCAAUCUACUGGUGAAUGGGCAUGUUCUGCCAAGGAUGUAAAUGCUAACUAUUCAAAGAAAACAAAUGAUAGUGAGGAUGAAUAUUCACAUCUCUUCGAUCCCAUUGACAACAUGGUGGCAAAUGACGUGGUUGACAUAGAAGGAAAUGAAUUUGCAAUUCAACAAGGCAAUACUAGUAGCCAAAAACCUACACUUGGCAAGCGCAACCACAGAUCUUCAAAGACAGUGACAGAGCAAUCAAAGAAGUCAAAAGGUGCAGAGCUUGUUGCUGAAACAAUGGUUGCCGUUGCAACUAACAUGGCGAGAUUGGCUGAUACAUAUGAGAAGAGUAAGCAUUGCAUAGAUUAUUUGGAACUUUACAAGGCCGUAAUGGAUGUUGAAGAGCUUGAUAUCAAUAGCCGAAUGACUGCUUUUGAAUACUUGAACGGAGAUCCUAUAAAAGCUACAACAUUUAUGAUAUAUCCUCAAGAUAUGCGCUACUUGUUUUUAAUUCAACAACUAUCACAAGGCGGUCCGGAUGGUAUUUAG